AUGUCACAUUCAAGCAAUCACAAUGAUUCUCAAGAAGCAACGGAAAAUAGCCCAUUGCUCCCUGAAGAAUCAAUUGAUCUUACUGAUCAAGAAACAUCGAAAUUGUCAUUUAUAAAAGAUUUUCGAAACCCUCAUGUUCUAUGGAUGAUUGUCUUUAGUUUUACUUUAUCAACUAUUAUGACUUCUAUAAUAGCUCCUUUAGUGCAAAUUGUCUUGGAUGUUGUAUGCUUAGAGUACUAUGAAUUAAAUGACAAUAACAUGAAUAGCACAGAUAUUUUAUCCAAUUUAAUAGAAAAAGAUUGCAAAGAUCCUCAAAUUUUCUCUUUAGCUGCAACUCGUUUGAUGUUGUAUCAGAUAUGUUUAUAUGUUUCAGCAACAUUAUCAAUAGGUUACAUUUCAACACUCUCUGACUUUAAAGGUCGUAGAUUUGUGUUUAGAAUAUCAACACUCGGUAUAAUAUUCGCUUGUUCUGUUGUAAUUCUUAUGUCUCAUCACUGGAAAGUUAUUGGGAGUAACUUUUUAUUUAUCGGAGCAAUUGUCGAAGGAUUACUUGGAGGUGUGAUUGCUAUUAACACGGCAUGUCAUGCAUAUAUAAGCGAUUGCACUAAACCUGUAAAUAGGAGUGUUGCGUUUGGAUUUAUGCAUGCCUCAGCAUAUUGCGGAAUGUCAAUUGGUCCAAUAUUAGGAGGUAUUAUUGUUGAGGCCACUGGAUCCGCUCUUUCAGUAUUUUACGUUGUUAUUUGUGCACUCUCUGUAUUUUUUAUUUUUGUAUCAUUUAUACUUCCAGAAUCACUUUCGCCAGAGCUACGUCUUCAAAACGAAUCAUCAACUUCUUUUCCAUCUCCAAAAUAUAUAUUUUCAGCUUUAAUUAUUCUUAAUCAAACACCUGUAUAUUCUGAAAACAUUAGAAAUAAUAUAUGGAAAAGAAAUGUGUUGUAUAUUCUUUCAAUAAUUUAUUUUAUCUAUAGAGUAUCACAAGCUGGUCAAAAUGAUAUAAUUGCAUUAUAUACAACGCGAAAGUUUGGCUGGACAACUUUAGAAAAUGGAUUUUUUUUCACUCUCCAAGCAUCAACUAGAUUUAUGGCGCUAAUAGUCCUUUUACCUUUAAUUCGCUUUUUACAAGGAAAAUAUCUAACUACUUAUUCACGAACUUUAGAUCUUGUGAUGAUGAGAAUUGGGUUGAUAAUAGAAAUAGCCGGUUUCACAUUAUUUGCCACUGCAAUAUAUCCUAAUAUGUUUUACUUUGCUUGUGUGGUAAAUAGUUUAGCUACGAUAGCAACACCAGCAAUUAGAACUUUAUUUACUAUAUUUGUCUUGCCUACACAAGCAGGACAAAUAUUAGGUGCUAUGAGUGUUAUUGAAAGUGUGGGAAGUAUAUUGAGUCCUUUAUUUUUGAACUCUUUGUAUAGUAUUUCCGUAUUGAGAGGAUUUGAUGAAAUCGUGUUUUGGGCAAAUAGUUUGUUAUUUGUUCUUGCUACUUUUUUGGCGUUUUUAGUUUUAUAG